AGCCUUCUUUUAGCAGAGCCCAUUGAACAACUUCUGAGCUUGGUUCCUGGGGGCAGCGCUCCCAGCAUCUUGGUUCAGGAGGCUGCAAUCAGAGGCUGCCUCUGGGGUGUGAGCCUGUAGACAGAGUGGGGACAGACAGACGCCAUGUGACUUGGUUGAUGGUUGAGCAGAGCAGCCUGCACCAGCGAAAUACACAAACCGAGAGACAGAAGAUUGUAUCUGAAUUUCAGCAACUGCGGCGGUUCCUGGAGGAACAAGAGCGACUCCUGCUGGCCCAGCUGGAGAAGCUGGAUGAGGAGAUAGUGAAGAUACAAAAAGAAAAUAUCACCAAACUCUCGGAGGAGAUUUCCCAUCUCAGUGAGAUGGAGGGGAAGUAUCAGAAGCCAGCAAAUGAAUUCCUGCAGGUGAGAGUGAGUUAGAAAUACUCCAGAUCCCACCAUAGGGACAGGACUGCUCCUAAAACAUGGGCAGGGGAGUGCAUCAGUCAGAGAUCACAGUGUAACUCAGUGUGUAUAUUCCUGAAAUGUGAAUGACUAUUGUUCUUUGCA